CUCCAUUAUACCCACCAAUCACAGUACACCAUCAUGACCUACAUAUACCAUUCUCUCCUUUGAGUUUUUCGUAGUCUCGAAAAUACAGAACAGCCGCACUCGCAGUUCAGCUUUCACAACUCGGCUUUAGGGUUUCUUCUGUGAAAAUUAUGAGUUCAAGCGGAGCAGGCAAGGGUGCCGCCGUCGCCGGCAGAGGAAAGCCUAAGGCGGCGAAAUCAGUCUCCCGAUCAUCGAAGGCCGGGCUCCAGUUCCCCGUCGGUAGGGUUGCCCGAUUCCUCAAAUCCGGAAAGUACGCCGAGCGUGUCGGCGCCGGUGCUCCUGUCUAUCUCUGUGCCGUCCUCGAGUAUCUCGCCGCUGAGGUUUUGGAAUUGGCCGGUAAUGCUGCUAGGGACAACAAGAAGACCCGAAUUGUGCCCAGACACAUUCAAUUGGCAGUGAGGAAUGAUGAAGAACUAAGCAAACUUUUGGGGAAUGUGACAAUUGCCAAUGGAGGAGUGUUGCCAAACAUUCACCAGAAUCUGCUACCCAAAAAGGCGGGCGGUGGAAAGGGCGAUAUAGGCUCUGCAUCUCAGGAGUUUUAGGGGUUCCCCCAUUUGAACCAUGUACAAUAGCAAUAUGUUCUUGGUACAAGUUUUUUGAAGCUACUUAUAUCCCAUACAAGCAAAUGGAAUAGCUGUUUUGGGUUUAUAUUCGUGCUUCCAUUGUUGCUUGGUAGUUCCAUGUACUUGAAAGAUUAUAUUCUAAUGGAAUUACUUUUUUUCGUUUCUGUUGGUUAUCUUUGUUGAGGUCUGAUUGAAUGUUUACAUUAGUUUCAAAUGAGUUUGAUGUCUAUUCUCAUGAU